AUGAGGGCCCCACCUGCUCCGAGAAAAUCAAGAGCGCGGUUUGUCCGUCGAAAGGCGGGGCAAGUCUAUCAAGUUAUAUCCCUUCGAAGAUUAAAGAAAAAAUAUAAUCUACACCGGCUUCAUAAAAUACAUCGCAACAACAUCCGCAAUGGGAACCCAAGGGGAGUGCCUCCAUACAGAUGUGACGCCCUAUCAUUUUCAAAUGAGUUACUGCAUGUUACAUCAAAUUCCGUCUCGCCAGCAGCUAAGCACAAGCCACUAUUGAUAGCAUCCUUUCCAAACGGCUGUUCACGCUCUCCCCGUGUCAAGAUUCUUCAAAAAAACAUGCUUUCGAGGUUUUGGAUGAGCAAGAGACGUUUCAAAUUACGCAGGUUCAACCCAGGCCUCGAAAAAGCCUUUAUUGAUGAGGAAGACGCCCUUAGCAAUGACUGCUUUCGUAGCUGUCGCCUUAUAAAAAAGCAGACUUCAAAGUUUGCAGACGUCAAGUUCGAUUUUGAAAAGAAGAACGUAUUUAAGACAGUUUGCAUGUCGACGGAUCAUCUCGAAGAUCGCACCCCUCGAUUUUUGGAGUUCAAUGCAGGGCAGAGCAUUCGGCUCGAGGAAUUUCCAUCGCUAAACUUAGCCAGAGGAGAAAUAAGAAAUUUUGAGCGACCAGGGCCAUUUGCUUUAGAGUGCGAAGCCAGCGUUCUUCAACAGUUAAGACAGAAAGCAAAGCAUAGGCUAGAAUGGUUGCGCUGGAACGUGAGUGAGUUAGCUCCGAGACUUUCGACUCUGGCCGCCCCUGACGUCUUUAUUGUAAGUGGCAUUGUGCGGCCGUAUGAUGCUUCAUCCGAUUUGCUCGACGCAGACCUGCGAACAAUGCAGACAAAAAUCUCUGCAUUAGUUGAGGCGUCGAGGCAUGCCGGGAGCGCCUUCAACAGCUACAACCAGAUGCUACGUAAGCUAGAGACAAUUUCACCAAGAGCAAGCAAAACUAUUCGACGUGCAACUACACGGCAACUCGUUAGGUAA